CCCCUCCCCCUCCACCGGGCCGGGGAGGGAGGCAGGACCGGCCCGAGCCAUGACGGUGGAGCAGAACGUGCUGCAGCAGAGCCCCGGACCCAAGCACCAGCAAACAUUUUUAAAUCAGCUGAGGGAAAUCACUGGGAUCAAUGACAUCCAGAUACUACAGCAAGCCUUGAAGGACAGCAAAGGAAACUUGGAGUUAGCAGUGGCUUUCCUCACGGCAAAGAAUGCCAAGGCCCCUCAGCAGGAGGAGACCACGUAUUACCAAACGGCCCUUCCCAGCAACGACAGAUAUAUCAGCGUGGGCAGCCAGGCAGACACCAAUGUGAUAGACCUCACCGGAGACGAUAAAGAUGAUCUUCAGAGGGCAAUUGCCCUGAGUCUGGAGGAGUCAAAUCGCGCGUUCCGAGAGACGGGAAUAACCGAUGAGGAGCAAGCCAUCAGCAGCCUGUCCACCGUGCGAGACACCCUAGAUGUUCAUUUGGCCAUUGCCGUACGCUUUGUGAGGCUCCCGUCAAAUAACACUCAUCUUUUAAUUGUAGGAAGCGAUGCCGCUUAA